AUGGCAGCAACAAGUGGGAAGAGGCAAGUGCUCCACUCGCAAGCUCGCGAAUUUGUCGCUCGAGUUAUCAAGUACUUCGAAAAGGAGAAGCAGAACAACGGACCCUUACUGGGCAUCAACCAAGUCUUGGAGAGGACUGCCCAAGCGCUAGAUAUUGGAUAUUGUACUGUCAGAAGAAUCAAGAAGGAAUCCGAGCUUGUGGCGUCUCAGAAAAAGCCGAAGUUUUCAACACCUGGGAAGACGCAUAAGAAGAAAGGCAAGGAAGUAGACGACUUUGAUGCCGAGGCUAUUCGGAGGCAUAUAUACGGUUACUACCGUGAUAAAAAUGUGCCGACGUUGGAUAAGCUGCUGAAAUCUCUGGCUGAAGCUGACCUUUACAAAAGCUCACGAUCUGCACUUCACCGCCUUCUUCAAGAACUAGGUUUUACCUAUAGAAAGCUGAACAAUCGCGUCGUUCUCAUGGAGAAACCAGCAAUUGCUUUGGCGAGGUGUUUCUUCUUGCGCUCUGUCCUGAAGAUCGACUGGGAAAAAGUUAUUUUCCUGGAUGAAACAUGGAUCAAUAAAAACACCUGCUCGACCCACGGUAUUUCAGAUGGUACCGUCAAAGCACACAUCAGCGAUCCCAAGCUGGGGAAAGGAGAGAGACUGAUAAUUUGUCAUGCUGGAGGUAGCACAGGAUGGAUACCUGCACCUCCAUUGAUAUUUUCCUCGAAGAAGACGGGUGACUACCACGAGGAGAUGAAUGCAGCAACAUUUGAAAAGUGGUUUCUGCAGACACUACUUCCAGCUCUUGAACCCGGAUCCACGAUUAUUAUGGACAACGCUCCAUACCAUUCACGCGUCAAGGACAAACCUCCCACAACAUCGUCGAGGAAAGCUGUCAUAAUAGAGUGGCUGCGGAACCACAACGUGCCAUGCUCUGAAAGCAUGCGGAAGGUCGAACUUUUGGAGUUAGUUCGACGAACCAAACCACCGAAGCCGCAAUACGUUCUGGAUGAAGAAGCUAAAGCUCAAGGAUUCAAAGUUCUACGUUUACCGCCAUAUCACUGCCAUUUCAAUGCUAUUGAGAUGGCGUGGGCAUGGCUAAAAGGCUAUGUCCAAAAGCGGAACACAACACAGAAGCUUGGUGAUGUCAAAGAGCUUUUCCUGGAGGCUGUUGAAAAAUUUUCUACCGAGGCCUGGAAAUCUUACGUCCAGCAUGUGAAGAAAGAAGUCGAGGCUGCCUGGGAACGAGAAGGAUUGGCGGAUGAAGAAGUAGAACAAUUUUUGAUCCAUCUAGGCGCUGAUGACGAUGACGAUGACGAAUCUGAUUGGUCUGAAUCUGAUGACGAAGCAGAAGACGAAAUAAUGGACGAAAGCGUCGCAGGUUUCCUGCAAGAAGACGGCUACACCCUCGGAGUUGGGUUCCUGCCCUUAGAGAAAGAUGAUCACAACAGUAAUCAUCUACCUUAUGCUCAAGAUUUUAUUAAUCUUUGA